AUGUCGUCUCCUCUCGCAGAAUAUUCGGCCUCCAAGGCCUCUUUGAGUCCCUCCGCUGUUGUGCCUCCAGGCACUUCUGCUCGUCAUUCCCCAUCUCUCCACGUGCGAGACGAAGAAUCUCGCAGUGUCCACAGUCGACCCCAGCUUGAAAACCGUCUGAUGAACCGACGAGUCCCUAAAUACUCUUUUCGUGUUAGUUUCCCUGAUCCGCCUCUUCGUCAGACUCGCCCCCAGGAUCGCAUAAAUCCGGGUCUUACCCACGAUUCUAGAGAAACUAUGUCCUCUUUGACUCGUACCGACGCAGCCGGCUCUCCUCGCGACAGCUCUGCACAGCCUGGCCAUACCGAAAAGGUCAAGGAAGCCAUUUACCGCCCCCCUCACCAGCGCGUUGCUGGGUAUCAGGCGACCAUGGCCCAGGGUACCUUCAAUACCGCCCGUCAGGAAAAGCGCGACAAUGACAGUCGGGGCACCAGGUGGGAAAUUGGUGACCGUGGCAAGGGCAAGGACAAGAACGAAAAAGCUUCAAUUCUCCGUGGCCCUACCAAGACCCUGGCCUCCCGGCAGUCUGCUGUUGUCCGUGAAGAUGAAGCACCGUCCUUCGGAUUUCUUGUCCGCGACGUCUCCACAGACAUGGAGGGACUUGACCUCCUCCGCUUCCUAGAUGCGAAAUUCCCCUCUGUGGUCGGCCCAUUCAUGCCAUUCUUGAACACUCACGGCUAUUUCCAUAUCGGGUUCAACGAUUCGAACGACUCGAACCGGGCCAUAAUGAGAAUGAACCAGACCUUCCCAGAUUGGGUGAUCAUUCCCAUGCCUUCCAAGGAGUUUGCUGAGGCGACCCGCCCCGCGGUGGCCCUUCCCCAGGGUUCUGAAGAUUGUGUGUUUGUUCGGAUGUACACAACCAAUCGCUCUGGUAUUACCUCCGCCGAUGUUUCCGACCGCCUCAGACCUUUUUUCGCCCUCGUAGGCCAGUUUUACUGGAUCCAGCCCUAUCGUCUCGGGGUGAGCUCGGAAGGUGUCGAUUCUGAGGGUACCCGUUCUGAAGGUGCUGGCAUAUUUGUUCACGAGCUUGUUGUUCGAUACCGCGAUCAUCGAUAUGCACUGAAUGCGAUCCGCGCACUCAACGCUAUCCGAACCUCGGAGUUUGUGCUUGAAGUGCUUGCGAUGGAGCCUGAUAUGCCCGAGGACCGACACUGGUCUUCUGUGAGUCGACAGUAUCAGGACCAGGGUAGUGGCCAAGUGUCCAAGCCGAUGACCAAGACCCUACGACAGUCGGCCGACACCGCUGCGGAUAAGAAAGCCAAACUUAAGAAAAACGAAAUCAAUCCGAGUACGCUCAGCGAAGAUUCGGACACACGAAAAACGCAAGAUCUGAAGGAGAUCCUGGAUCAGACCUGCUCCUGCGAGUAUGACUUCAUGUACUUGCGUAUGGAUUUCUCGACCAAGAAGACCGUUGGCUACGCAUUUGUCAACUUCACCACACGAGCUGCCCUCGUGAAGUUUGUGAAGGCCCGUGUGGAUCAGGCUUGGCCCGGCUUCGAGGCAUACGAGAAGCUUGCCAGGGUCGCCUAUGCCGUGGUCCAAGGCCGAGAUGCAGCUGUUGCGGAAUUCCGCAACAAGCCGGUGAUGCUCCAACGGGCUGAUCACCGGCCUAAGCUUUUCCAUACCUCUGGUCCUCGAGCGGGACGGCUGGCCACCUUCCCCCCCAUGGACACCUUCACCAUCCUGGCCCGGAGCGUGGGGCAGGGCCCGCUUUCUGGUGGUGGUAAGUCGCUUCCUCCGUCUCAAUGCCAAAUGGCAAAUGGGCAGCUCGUUAACAAGUCGAGUAGGCCUGUUCCCGUUCCGGUCCGGCUCGCGUCCGCAGGUCACCCCGGCGAGCAAUUCCCGCCAUCCCAGUUCACGCCAGCCUCAUCCUGGCCCUGGCGUGUCCUCCGCUAA